CCAAGUCUUCACGAGAAUUUUUUGCCAAUCACCUAUGAAGCUCCUGAUUUUAAAGUUGCUCUUCUGCAAUGAAGAAAAGGAGACGGCUCGCUGCAAAUCUAAACGAAAAGGUUCAUCUUGGCCAUGAGAAAGAUACUUCAGAACAGAUUCUUGUAGUAGACUGUGCACAAGAAAUUGUCUCAAAGUCUGCAGAAAUAGCUCCUGCGGAUCAGCUUGAAUCUUCUCAAGAACUUUCACCAUCAUCAGAACAAAGAAAGCUCCUAAGCUCUUUGCAGUAUAACAAAAAUCUACUUAAAUACUUAAAUGACGAUAGACAGAAACAUCCAUCAUUUUGUGAUUUACUCAUAAUUGUAGAAGGAAAAGAAUUUAGUGCUCACAAAGUUGUAGUGGCUGUUGGGAGUAGUUAUUUUCAUGCCUGUUUGAGCAAAAAUCCAAGCACUGACGUCGUCACAUUAGAUCACGUAACUCAUUCUGUCUUUCAGCAUUUGCUUGAAUUUCUCUAUACCUCUGAGUUUUUUGUAUAUAAAAAUGAAAUUCCAUUAGUGCUGGAAGCAGCAAAAUUUUUAGACAUCAUAGAUGCAGUGAAGUUACUAAAUAACGAAAGCGUUUCUAACGUAAAGACUGAUGUGGUAACUGAUGCCCCUACACCAGUAGAAACACUCAGUGAACUGACAGGUAAACUAUUAAAUAGUCAUCAGUGUACUUUUUGUGGUAGAAGCUUCUGCUACAAGAAGUCCUUAGAAAAUCAUUUGGCUAAAGCCCACAGAUCUCUUUCACUGGAAAGAAAGCAUGGAAUAAAAAUGGUUGAGAAGGCCGACUUUUCCACUAGACGUUCCAUGAGAAACCGUAAAUGUCCAGCUAAAUUUGAUAACAGUGACAAUGAAAGUGGUGAUGCCUCUGACAGUAAUUUGGAAAAAGUCAGUUCUGACAAGGAAACUUCUGAUAGAAGUGAAUUUGGAGACAGUGAAAGUGAAUGCCAUGCUGAUGAAGAGGAACAGGAAGAGGAAAUGUCAGGUGAAGAUUCAGAGUCUGAAGAACAAAGUGAAAAAGAACAGAAUGAUACUGAAGAGGGUUCCGAGGCAGUUGAUUCAGUGGGAAAUAUUCCUGAAGGCUUAGCUCCAGUCAUCAUUCAAAGCAGUAGCAAAAAACUAUUGCAAUGCCCCAAGUGUGACAAAAAAUUUGAUCGAAUAGGGAAAUACGAGAGCCAUACACGUGUACACACGGGUGAGAAGCCUUUUGAGUGUGACAUAUGUCAUCAGCGCUAUUCAACAAAGUCCAACCUGACAGUGCACAGAAAGAAGCACUCCAGUGAUACUGAGUUUCAUAAAAAGGAACACAAAUGUCCCUACUGCAAUAAGCUACAUGCAAGCAAAAAGACUUUAGCAAAGCAUGUGAAGAGGUUUCAUCCAGAGAAUGUACAAGAAUUUCUUUCCAUUAAGAAGACAAAGAGUGAAGGUUGGAAAUGUGACAUUUGUAAGAAAUCUUUCACUCGAAGACCUCAUUUAGAAGAGCAUAUGAUCCUUCACUCUCAGGAUAAACCUUUUAAGUGUACCUACUGUGAAGAGCACUUUAAAUCCCGAUUUGCAAGACUGAAACAUCAAGAAAAAUUCCAUCUCGGGCCUUUUCCUUGCGAUAUUUGUGGACGCCAGUUUAAUGAUACAGGAAAUCUGAAGCGCCAUAUAGAAUGUACUCAUGGAGGAAAGAGAAAAUGGACAUGUUUCAUCUGUGGAAAAUCCGUUAGGGAACGAACAACUUUGAAAGAACAUCUGAGAAUUCACAGUGGAGAGAAGCCUCAUCUUUGCAGUAUUUGUGGGCAGAGUUUUCGUCAUGGAAGCUCUUACAGACUUCAUCUAAGAGUCCACCAUGAUGACAAGAGAUAUGAAUGUGAAGAAUGUGGGAAAACAUUUAUUCGGCAUGACCAUCUGACAAAACACAAGAAAAUACAUUCAGGUGAAAAAGCACAUCAGUGUGAAGAAUGUGGAAAAUGUUUUGGCCGUAGAGAUCACCUUACAGUUCAUUAUAAAAGUGUUCAUCUAGGAGAAAAAGUUUGGCAGAAAUAUAAAGCAACAUUUCAUCAGUGUGAAGUCUGUAAGAAAGUUUUUAAAGGGAAAUCAAGUUUGGAAAUGCAUUUUAGGACACAUUCAGGUGAGAAACCCUACAAAUGUCAAAUCUGUAAUCACUCUUUUAGAAUUAAGAAGACAUUAACAAAACACAUGGUUAUUCAUUCAGAUGCUCGACCUUUUAACUGCCAACACUGCAAUGCAACAUUUAAACGAAAAGACAAGUUGAAAUAUCAUAUUGAUCAUGUUCAUGGAUCAAAGGCUGCAGAAGAGGCAUUGACAUCUUCUUCAGAGGAAAAACUAGUCUCCUUACCAGUGCAGUACACCUCUGAUGACAAAGUUUACCAAACUGAGGAUAAACAGUAUGUGGAACAGCCCAAACCAUAUCAAUCAGAAGCCAAAACUUUGCUACAGAAUGUAUCUACAGAAGUAUGUGUGCCUGUGACUCUGGUACCAGUUCAGAUGUCUGAUCCACAAGCUGAUCUAGUCCAGCAUACUACUCAGUCACACGACAUUCUUCCUCCCCAACCAGAGCAGUCAGAUUAUCAACGAGCAACAGACCUUUCAUUUCUAGAGAAAUAUACUCUUACUCCACAACCUGCAAAUAUUGUUCAUCCUGUAAGACCUGAGCAAAUGUUGGAUCCUAGAGACCAGUCAUAUCUUGGAACUUUACUGGGGCUAGAUACAGCUCCUACUGUACAGAAUAUUUCAAACAAUGAACAUUCAUGAUCAGACCAUAACAUUCCACCUAAUUUACUAAGCCAUUAGCCAACAGAGGGCUGAUAUGGCAAUUAAGAUUUAUAUUUUAUAUUUUAUUUGGACUCAUGAGUCUUCUGCAUAGUUUUGGAAAAACAGGUUUGUUUACAUAAUAUUUGAACAUUUAGGCACAUUUUGAUGCAUACUGAAAAAGUGCUUCUUGUGAUUUUAAGAGUUUUUAAAAAUCUUAUAGAUGGUCUU